AGGGUGUCCUGCCCAGCCCUCUGUGCCUGGUGUGUUGGGGUGUGCCAGGUGUGCCCAGAGGAGGCCGGGGGCAGUGAGGCAGCCAUGGGAUUGCUGUCAGGGGACACACUGGCACCCCUGGCCGUGGGGGUGGCCAUCUUCCUGCUUCUGGCGGACCUGAUGCACCGACGCCAGCGUUGGGCUGCACGCUACCCGCCAGGUCCCAUGCCAGUGCCUGGGGCGGGCAACCUGCUACAUGUGGACUUCCAGAACUUACCAUACUGCUUCAGCAAGCUGCGGUGCCGCUUCGGGGACGUGUUCAGCCUGCAGCUGGCCUGGACGCCGGUGGUGGUGCUCAACGGGCCGGCGGCCGUGCGGGAGGCGCUGGUGACCCGUGGCGAGGACACCGCGGACCGCCCACCCUCGCCGGUCUACGAGCACCUGGGCUUCGGGCCGCGAUCCCAAGGGGUGAUCCUGGCGCGCUACGGCCACGCCUGGCGCGAGCAGCGGCGCUUCUCCGUGUCCACCCUGCGCUACUUCGGCCUGGGCAAGAAGUCGCUGGAGCAGUGGGUGACCGAGGAGGCCUCCUGCCUCUGUGCCGCCUUCGCCAGUCACGCCGGCCGCCCCUUUAGCCCGAACGCCCUCCUGGAAAAAGCGGUGGGCAACGUGAUCGCCUCCCUCACCUAUGGGCGGCGCUUCGAGUACGACGAUCGGCUCUUCCUUAAGCUAAUGAAACUGAUGGAGGAGGGACUCAAGGAGGAGGCGGGGUUACUGCGCCAGGUGCUAAAUUUUGUCCCAGUGCUCCUGCACAUCCCUGGGCUGGCUGGCAAGGUCUUCCACAGUCAGAAAGUCUUCAUGGCACAGCUGGAUGAGCUGGUGACAGAGCACAGGAUGACAUGGGACCUGGCUCAGCCACCUCGAGACCUGACUGACGCCUUCCUGGCUGAGGUGGAGAAGGCCAAGGGGAACCCUGAGAGCAGCUUCAAUGCUGAGAACCUGCGCGUCGUAGUAUCUGACCUGUUUGCUGCCGGGAUGGUGACCACCUCGACCACACUGACCUGGGCCCUCCUGCUCAUGAUUCUGCACCCAGAAGUGCAGCGCCGUGUCCAACGGGAGAUCGACGAAGUGAUAGGGCAGGCGCGGCGUCCAGAGAUGGCUGACCAGGCCCGCAUGCCCUUCACCAUCGCCGUGGUUCACGAGGUGCAGCGCUUUGCGGACAUCAUCCCCCUAGGUGUGCCCCACAUGACCUCCCGCGACAUUGAAGUGCAAGGCUUCCUCAUCCCUAAGGGGACAACGCUCUUCACCAACCUGUCGUCGGUGCUGAAGGAUGAGGCUGUCUGGGAGAAGCCCCUCCGCUUCCACCCCGAACACUUUCUGGAUGCCCAGGGCCACUUCGUGAAGCAAGAAGCCUUCAUGCCUUUCUCAGCAGGCCGGCGAUCAUGCCUCGGGGAGCCCCUGGCCCGCAUGGAGCUCUUCCUCUUCUUCACCUGCCUCCUGCAGCGCUUCAGCUUCUCCGUGCCUGCUGGACAGCCCCAGCCCAGCGACCACGGUGUCCAAAACUUUCUGGUGACCCCCUCCCCUUACCAGCUUUGUGCUGUACCCCGUGGAGGGGGGACAUAAAGUCCAAUCUGCUCC